UUGAAUCGUCUUUGGACUCUUCAACUUGAUACCGGGUUGCAUUAUUUCGACCACCUCUGUUUCUCAAUCAUGGCGAUAGCAACCGCCGGGGCAUCCACGCCCGCCGCAGACAACCAAGUCGCAGCUAACCACGACGACUCAUGUUCUCAAAGGCUUUGCAAGAAUAACCGUGGCUGGCGGAGAAUCGUCCGCAACUUUACUCCAUCAUGGUUCGCCGUCAACAUGGGCACAGGCAUCGUCUCCAUCCUCCUCCACAACCUCCCCUGGAACGGCUACUGGCUACACAUCAUCUCCUACAUCUUCUUCGCCCUCAACAUCCUCCUCUUCACAAUCUUCUUCACAAUCUCCCUACUACGAUACACCAUCUACCCGGAGAUUUGGGGCGCCAUGAUUUCUCACCCUGCACAAUCUCUCUUCCUGGGCUGCUUCCCGAUGGGCUUUGCAACAAUCAUCAACAUGAUGAUCUUCUCCUGCGCCCAAUGGGGCCCCUGGCUCGUCUACCUCGCCUGGGCCUUCUGGUGGAUCGACGUCCUCGUCUCAUUCGCAACCGCAAUCUCCAUGCCCUUCAUCGUCAUGCACCGCCACCGCCCCGGCCUCAGCGAGACCACGGCCGCGCUCCUCCUGCCCAUCGUCCCGGCCGUCGUCGCAGCAGCUACUGGCGGCAUCGUCGCUGAAGCCCUCCCCUCCAUCAGCCACGCCUAUGCCACGCUCGUCGUCUCCUACGUCCUCUGGGGCAUCGGCCAGGCCCUCUCCGCCUGCGUCAUGGCCCUCUAUUUCCACCGUCUGACCGUCCACUCGCUGCCGCCGCGAGAGGUCAUCGUCUCCGUCUUCCUUCCCGUCGGACCCCUUGGCCAGGGCGGCUUCGGCAUCCAGCAGCUCGGCAGGGUCGCCCUCAAGGUCAUCCCUCACACGGAGAUGUUCCACGUCGCUGGCGUUGAUCCCACCCGCGGCGCCGAGUUCCUCUACUUCCUCGGCAUCUUCUUCGGUAUCGUUAUGUGGGGCUUCGCCCUGGCUUGGGUGUGCUUCGCUCUCAUCAUCUUGAGAACCACGCGGUCGUUCCCCUUCAACAUGGGCUGGUGGGGAUUUACUUUCCCGCUGGGCGUGUGGGCAACUUGCACCAGCGCUCUGUGGCAGAAUCUGGGAAGCGAGUUUUUCAAGUAUAUAACUACUAUCAUCUCUCUCAUAGUCGUCCUUCUCUGGAUUGUCGUCAGCCUAAGGACGAUACACCGCGUCGUUACUGGCGAAAUGUUUGUUGCUCCUUGCCUCAAGGACCUCAAAGAGAAGCAAGCACCUAUCAGUGAUAGUGAAGCAUAAAUCACGUCAUAGUUUUGCUUUCUCUUUCUCUUUAUAUUUAUAUCCGUUUGAUUUUCAAUCUUGCAUUUAUACACAAUAAUAAUUACGGCUAGAGUAGGCAAAAGGGUAUGGAGGGUAUGGCGCAAUAUGGGCAGAUAUACUCGAAGCGCUUUCAACAAAGCGUCUUCUUUGAUAUUGCAUUCU